GGUACCCGUAUGUCCUGCAAGCUCCAGCUAAGGACUUUCUCUCUGUCUGCACGGUUCGCUGUCAGAAGUUCCUGAUCUCGCGGGUCGGGGAGGACUGGAUCUUCCUCAUCCUGCUGGGACUCCUCAUGGCCCUGGUCAGCUGGGCGGUGGACUUCUGCAUCGCCAUCUGUCUACAAGCACAGAAGUGGAUGUACGGGGGUCUGGACAGCAACGUGUUCCUGCAGUAUCUGGCCUGGGUCACCUACCCCGUCGUCCUCAUCACCUUCUCUGCCGGCUUCACGCAGAUCCUCGCCCCCCAGGCUGUCGGUUCAGGUAUCCCGGAGAUGAAGACCAUCCUGAGAGGAGUCGUGCUGAAGGAAUACCUCACGUUCAAAACCUUCGUGGCCAAAGUCAUCGGCCUCACCUGCGCUCUGGGCAGCGGCAUGCCCCUGGGCAAGGAGGGUCCGUUCGUUCACAUCGCCAGUCUGUGUGCCGCUCUCCUCAGCAAGUUCAUGUCUCUGUUCGGAGGAAUCUACGAGAAUGAGUCGAGGAACAUCGAGAUGCUGGCGGCGGCCUGUGCGGUGGGAGUCGGCUGCUGCUUCGCUGCACCCAUAGGAGGUGUGUUGUUCAGUAUUGAAGUAACGUCCACGUUCUUUGCCGUGAGGAACUACUGGAGAGGUUUCUUCGCUGCGACUUUCAGUGCCUUCAUCUUCAGAGUCCUGGCCGUGUGGAACAGAGACGAAGAAACCAUCACAGCCCUUUUUAAAACCCGUUUCCGCCUCGACUUCCCGUUUGACCUCCAGGAGCUUCCUGCCUUCGCCGUCAUCGGUAUUGCCAGUGGUUUUGGUGGGGCUCUGUUCGUCUACCUGAACCGACUGAUUGUCCAGUUCAUCCGGAAACAGAAGGCCAUCAACAGAUUCCUCAUGAAAAAACGUCUGCUGUAUCCAGCGCUCGUCACUUUACUUGUUUCCACUCUAACAUUUCCUCCUGGAUUUGGACAGUUUAUGGCCGGCAAGCUGACCCAGAAGGAGUCUCUGGUCACGUUGCUGGACAACCGGACGUGGGCCAAACAAGGCAUCGCCGAGGAGUUUGACUACAUCGGACACUCUCAAGCCUGGAAACACCCGCAGGUCAACGUCUUCGUCACCCUGGUCCUCUUCAUCGUCAUGAAGUUCUGGAUGUCUGCCCUCGCCACCACCAUCCCCGUGCCCUGCGGAGCCUUCAUGCCAGUAUUUGUGAUUGGGGCAGCCUUUGGUCGUCUGGUAGGAGAAAGCAUGGCAGCCUGGUUCCCAGAUGGCAUUCACACAGACGGCACCAUCUACCCCAUAGUGCCAGGAGGCUACGCUGUCGUGGGUGCGGCGGCCUUGUCGGGAGCGGUCACCCACACUGUUUCCACCGCGGUCAUCGUGUUCGAGCUGACUGGCCAGAUCUCCCACAUCCUGCCGGUGAUGAUAGCGGUGAUCCUGGCCAACGCCGUGGCCCAGUCCCUGCAGCCCUCCCUCAACGACUCCAUCAUCAGGAUCAAGAAGCUGCCCUACCUCCCGAGCUGGGGCUGGGGUCACCACGAGAAGUAUAACAUUCGUGUGGAGGACAUCAUGGUGCGGGACGUGCGGUACAUCACACUGAACUGCAGCUACAGAGACCUGCAUAACGUCCUGCAGACGGGCCACCUCAAGACUCUGGCCCUGGUGGAAUCAAUCG